UUUCCCCCGCCGUUAAUUCACUGUCUCGAUCAAUAUGGUACAAAAUGCCGUCACACUAAGAACUCUACAUCUUUUUACUGGUCUUUUAUUGCUGUAAAGUAAACGGCGAGUCCUCAAUCGGAAUCAAUGAGUGCUUAUAACAUUUCUGUGAUUUAUGCUUUAGGGGAUGUGUGAUGUUUCUGUUGGAAUAAUGUGCAAAUGUUUGGACUGAAUGUGAUCUGCAUAUUGUCUUUGCAGGGAAAGGACAUGUGUAGUCACUAUGUUUGAUAACUGAGGGGCAGCGACAUUAGUUAAAGUCAAUGACGACUCUAUGAACGAUGACGUCUGUAAUAGGAAAUUUAGCAUGGAGUUUUCUUGUUAUCAUGCAUUUAUACACCCGGGAAGGAAUGGCAUCUAAAACAAAGCUUACUUUAGCAGAAGUACGAGUAAGGACACAGUUAUCGGAGUCAUGUAAAAACGUAAUCACUUACACCCCACCCACCUGUAUAGAUCACCCAACCGGAUAUGGCUGUGACUGCGGUCCUGGCUUCCACUGGAAUACUGUCACGUGCAUGUCUACAGCCAUAGAUUCACGACUUGAAUUUUCCCAGCAAUCCCCAGUACGUUAUACAUUGUUGAUGGGUAAAGCCUUUCCUAGUCUAAAUGAAUUGACAGUUUCCUUCUGGAUAAAGGUCCCAGAUUCCUCACAUCCUGGCACUAUAAUGUCAUAUAAGCAUGAUUCUUAUGGUCAAGUGUUCAUAAUGCGCAGUGGUCCGGCCUUGACUUUUCGUAUUUGGGAUCAAGAAAUAAGGACAGGGCUAGCAUUUGCCCCAAAUAAAUGGUGGCACAUAGCACUGUCUUGGACUUCAAAAGAUGGAAGUUGGACAUUAUAUCUAAAUGGAAAAGAAAAAAUGUCCGAGUCAUCAGGUACAGGUUCUAAGGGCAAGGAAAUUCCUUUCGGUGGUGAUUUUGUCCUCGGGCAGGCACCAAGAGGUGAAAAGGGAUAUGACUUAGAAAAAGCUUUUGUUGGAGAUCUGACCCAUCUUCAUAUUUGGAGUUUUCUGUUGACAAAAGGGGAAAUACAUCACAUCGGACAUUCAUGUGGGCUAAUGUUCUGCGGGGAUGCCGUUCAGUGGACGGAAUUCCGCCGGGGUACCCGCGGAGCAAUGCGGAUGCGAUGGCCAUCGGGUGUGCUGAAACCUGUAGAUUGUUUUACAGAGGAUGAGAUUGGUAUAACCUGUAAUAAACAUUGUAGUGAUACAAUUGGUGCUCAGUGUAAUGAACAAAUAGUGGAGAACAUCAGAUGGACAAGAACACCGGCAAAGAACACAAUAUCGGUACAGUGUCCUAAAGAUGUACUUAGUAAAGAUAUUGAUGUGAACUCUACCGCAAUAGGGACAAGACCAUGUUUUGUAACAGACGAGAAUGAAGGUGAAUGGGGUAAAGCUAACAUUGAUAACUGCAUCUCAACUGACCUUAGAAAACUGAAAUAUAAAUUCCAGAAACAUUUACUAGCCGAUUAUAUAGACCAGAGAAUGUUGUUAGAUCUUGGAGAGGGUCUUGUCACCCACACUAAAUCUAAUGCGUAUGGUAACCCUGUCGAUGUCGCCACGGUGAUUGACUUACUGGCCAUGCUGGUCAACACUCAGGCUAAUGUGAUAGUGUUACAAGUAAACCAAUGGACAGACGGAAAUCAAACUUAUGCCAGAGCACUUGGGAGAUUUCCUACUUUAGACGAAACAAAGGAAUUCAUAGAUAAAGUGGCAAAUAUUGUUGACAAUCUGUUAAGUGAGAAGCAUGGUUAUGGUUGGAAUGCGACACAACCUCCGGGGACAGAAGGUGACAAUCUAUUGAAAGUACUAGAGACUUUUGCCCACGUGAUGUCCCGUAGUUUACAAAAUCACGUGGUUGACGGACAUAUAGGUGGCACAAUAGGUUAUGAGGACGCUUAUUUAAACACAGUCCGUCCGAAAAUAGAGGUAAGCGCACAAGUGCAAUGGGUUCAGACAUUCAAAGGUUCAAAAUUUCCUUCUGAAAGAGACCGCGCUGCCGGGAUCCAGUUGAAAAAUGGAAACGUGGAAAUGCCAUCUACACUUUUGUUAGCAACAAAUGAAUCAGAAUGGCCGUCAUUUGUAAAGACUGCAGGUUUAAGAGUAUUUGGGAUGACAGCUAUGCUACCAAAUCAUGACUUACGAGCUACUGGUAAGAAGGCAAAGGAAGAUAAUCUGAACACGCCUAUAAUAGCAAUGUUUUUGCACACCGGACAUCUUGAUAUUUCUAGCAAUCUUACCUCGCCCUUGGAAUUUACCCUGCCAUAUCUGAAUACAUUUAACAUAUCUAACCCAGAGUGUGUACGGCUCGAACACGGGACAACAUUUGCUGGAAAAAUAACGAAGUGGCGCUGGACACGAGACGGUUGUGAGCUGAAGGAGGAUAAGGGGACUGAAGGUGUUUGCGCGUGCUCAGUUACCGGAUUUUUUGCCAUAACAACUGAUAUGUACAACGACAAUUGGAACAAAGGGGAGGUGAGGCCUAUAUUGAUGAACUUCGCUUCCUAUAUCGGCUGCUGCGCAUCAGCGACAUUGUGUCUUACCACUUGUUUACUUCAUGUAUAUUAUAAAACUGCAUCAAGCACAGCAUCCCUGCACAAAAAUCUCGGUAUGUCGGUUGUAUGUGGACAACUUAUCUUCAUGAUUGGCAUUGACCAGUAUGACCAUACGAUAGUGUGCCAAAUAUUUGCAGUAUGCUUGCACUAUUUUUUCUUGGCCAACUUCUCCUGGUUAAUGAAUGAAGCAUUUAAUUUAUACAUUGUUAUAACAUACUCGUCACAUGCACAUGAUGGCCACAACGAAGGUUCACUAGUCAGAUAUUACAUCCUAGGCUGGAUAAUACCUGCUGUUUUAGUCGGUGCUUUUGUUGGAUCUCAAGGUCAGCAUUAUUAUGCCAAAGAUAUGUGUUGGAUAUCUUGGGGAAACUUAUGGUUGUUUGUAGGACCAGCCCUUGGUAUUAUAGCUGUAUCUAUUAUGGUUUUGAUUUUUACUGCAAAAGAACAUAAUGAAAAUUCAUAUACAAAAUCUGAGAAGAGUAACAAAUCUAUAAUACUUCUGAUGAAAGCAUUAUGGACACAAAUUAUACUUAUAACAGUCGUUUGGUCAUUUGCAUUUAUAUCAUUGCGAAUGUCAGAUAGAAUUGUCAAAUAUAUAUUUGGACUCUUUAAUUGCCUUCAGGGAUCUUUCUUCUUUGUCUUUUAUUUACUGCUGAAUGAAGAGGUGCGAAAUAUUUUCAAAAGCAAGAAAAAGAAACGAACGCUAACUGCGCAUGGUUUUGAUGAAAUUGAAGACAGGUCUGUAGAGUCUAACGCAUCUACACAUCUUGUAGAAAAGGAUAGGUUAGAAAAUCUAGCUCUCGAUCCACGUCCAAGGAGGCGACGAGAUCAUAAAAGAAGACAGAGAAAGAAAUCGCAAAGACCUCCUGAAGAAGACGAUGAAAGAAUGGCUUCAGAUUGUGAAAUGAUCACGUCAGUUUGAAACAAGUGCAUAGCUUUAAACUAAAAAUUAAACCUAAGAACGUUUGGCAAACUAUGAAGAAAAGGCGCUUCUUGAUAAUAGGAAAGGAAAAAAUAAGCUUUAAAGUUAUGUAUCGAUAGAGAUUGAAAAAACGUCUAAUUUAUAUAAAUGCUGAAAUAUUAUCGGGGAUAAGUGAAUUAAUAUGAAAUUGUGAUUCGAGUUUCAUAAAAGGCUCUAAA